CCCCGCCCACUCCCCAGCGGCGCAGCCGCAGACAGCUGGCAACGAGGCGGGAGCUGCGCAGGUCUCGCGAGAGGCCGGUGGGGGUUAUUUUCCUCCGCGAUGUGCAAUUUUUCCCUGCAAAUUUGAUCUAAAAAUAAAAGCUGCUAUGGGUUUGUCAGCGUCAUCUCCAUCCCUCGCAGUUCAGUCGCCCAAUGUAUCUGAACAUCAAACAGCAUCUCCACCUUCAGAAUGUCCAAUGCAUCAGAAAAAAAUGGAAGGUUGUGCAGUGCACGUAAAAUCAUCUGACCAAGGGGCUGAAAACCAAAACGUUGUUCCCGCACAUCAAGAACGCGCAUAUGAAUAUGUGGCGUGUCCUGUUAAAUCUAGUUCAUCUCAAACAGCAGAUGAUAUAGAUCCUAGAAAUAUGAUGCCACCUCCUAAUCAGGUGCCAUCCCCAGAUCAACCAUUUGCACUGUCAACUAUCAGAGAAGAGUCUACCAUUCCUAGAGCAUACUCUGAAAAAAAUUGGGUUUAUCCUUCAGAGCAAAUGUUUUGGAAUGCUAUGCUUAAGAAAGGAUGGAGGUGGAAAAAAGAUGACAUAUCUCCUGAAGAUAUGAGUAAUAUUAUUAAGAUUCAUAAUCAAAAUAAUGAGCAAGCUUGGAAAGAGAUUUUAAAGUGGGAAGCUCUUCAUGUCAUGGAAUGUCCAUGUGGACCAACAUUGAUUCGAUUUGGUGGUAAAGCUAAGGAGUAUUCACCAAGAGCCAGAAUACGUUCGUGGAUGGGAUAUGAACUUCCUUUUGACAGACAUGAUUGGAUAGUUGAUCGUUGUGGAAAGGAAGUCAGAUAUGUUAUUGAUUAUUAUGAUGGUGGAGAAGUAGAUAAGAACUAUCAGUUCACCAUCUUGGAUGUCCGUCCUGCAUUUGAUUCCAUCUCUGCUAUGUGGGACAGGAUGAAGGUAGCUUGGUGGCGCUGGACUUCAUAACUAGCUGCAUACUAUGUAAUCAACACCUAAAACUAUUUGCCUAAACUGAAGAGGAGAAGAGAGUGGAACUUCAAAUAAAGUUCAUAGUGACUAUACUUAUCUUCAUUUGCCAACAUUAUCCUUCCUCAUUGGGAGGCAGGGGGAUGACAUGUCUUUUUCUUAUGAACUGGUACUUCAUGCCAUCUUUAAGUAAAGAAUAAGGUGUGUGUCUUUUUUGAUCUGGUCAAAUUUUGGUGCUUCUAGUUUCCUGAGAAAAGAACAGAAGAAAUUAUCAAAAAGAUUUUUCUGCAAGUGCUCAAGGUUUUCAAAGCUACUUAUGAAGUUGUUUUGGAAAGUGAGGUGGAAAAUCCUAAUGCGUGCUUUAUGGUUGAUUUUAAAGCUAUAAGGCAAAAAUAAUUAAUCAAGCUCUAUGCAAGCACAUUGGAGCCUUGACCCUGACUGGGGUCUCUGGGCACUACUGCAAGGUGUUUUGUAAAUGCUUUUAGCUGGUUAUUAUAAGCAGUACUCAGAUUCUCCUCAUGGUGGGUGAACUAUAACAGUCUAGCUAAGUGAUUACA